AUGGAAUCCAGACUGGACGUUCCCCGACUAGGAAGACUUCCGAGGGCUAAUCUGGAGCAGAAGAUCAUGAUUCUUAAUCACUUUCACAGUUCUAAACGGCCUCAGAGUGAGACUGUGGAGUUUUUUAGAGAGAGGUUUUCGAUCUCUACUUCGAGUUUUAGCGAGUGGCUGAAGAACGAGCAGGAUUUGCGUGAGCGCUACAAUAUGGCGAGGACCGUUGAUGGCCCAACCGGUGAGAUGAUGAGACAGACAAAGCGCAAAAGCAGAUUCAAGUAUGAUCGUAUCAACAAAGCAAUGUACGAGUUUGUGCAGAAGAAACUCGCUGCUAACGAGCCACUGACGGAGCCCGUGAUGCGCGAAUAUUGGUCGCAGAUGGCACACAAAUUUGGCGUUGAAGACCCAAAACGGUUGGACUCGUUUUCGCAUGGAUGGCUGUCCACUUUCAAGAGAAGACAUGGACUGGAUCGUCAUAUUGAAGGUGUGAGAUCGCCACCUGGAAACAGUAAUGGUGGGGCCGGGAACGGAAGCAAUACGAGUAUCAGGAACAUGGUGAACGGUGAAUCUGUUGGGAGGAACCGCAUUGGCCAGUUAGAUGGUGUAGACACUGUGGAUCCAAAGGUUGGGCUUCACGAUGGGUUUUCCACCACUGGAGGCCCCGAUACAGGUGCGGACUACGGGAUUCCGUCCAUUGAGACAGCUGCUUCGGGCCAGGCUGACAGGUUCACUCCGUACGAAGUUUCGCAGCUUUUGAAUCAGGAUCCUACCGGUUCGAGCGCGGUAAUCCCUCCCCUUGGCAGAAGAUACACCCAAAGACAGACUUCUCAACAACCACAGCAACCACAACAGACGGGGCAACAGCCCCAAUCGCAGCAAUCGCAGCAGCAGUCUCAAUCGCAGGUUCAACAGCCACAAACUCAGUCGCAACAGCAAAGCCAAGCCUUGCAGAACCAGGUUCAGCAAGUUCAACAGCCUCACCCGGGGUAUCAUAUCAACCAGUUAAACUCGUUCUUGCCGCUUGAGAACCAGGUCAACAGGUCCAUUUCGCAACAGACAACUACUCAUCCAAACCUGUCUCAUCCAUCGCAGCUGACGUCUGACUUUAUCAGCGUCAGCGACAUGGAACGGUUUGUGUAUAUGUGGGGAGACAGGUUUUUCCAGCAAAACAGUGUGAGUUUUCCUAAGAGUAAGGAGAUCUUUGAGCAGUUCAAGUCCAAGUUCUUUGAGGAGAGGAUCACAUGGCAUCAGCGCGCCACUUCAGGGACAAGUACUGUUGAUGAGUUUUUCUUGAGGAACAGGAGGUAG